GGCAUUGCCUACAUACAAACAAGUACGUAGCUUGUUAAAAAAUCUCUAAGUACUAGGGGGAAAAAAAAAUGGCCUACAAGAAGCCUUACUCAUCCCUCCUCUUUGCCCUCCUCCUCUCCGCCCUCGCCGCGGUCUCCCGCGGCGGCAGCAUUGCCGUGUACUGGGGCCAGAACGGCAACGAGGGCACCCUCGCCAGCGCGUGCGCCACCGGCUACUACGCCUACGUGAACCUCGCCUUCCUCACGACCUUCGGCAACGGGCAGACCCCCGUGCUCAACCUGGCCGGCCACUGUGACCCCUCCUCGGGCGGCUGCACGGGCCUCACCUCCGACAUCCAGUCCUGCCAGUCGAGCGGCGUCAAGGUGCUCCUCUCCCUCGGCGGCGCUUCCGGCUCGUACUCCCUCUCCUCCACCGCCGACGCGCAGAGCGUCGCCGACUACCUGUGGAACAACUUCCUCGGGGGGAGCUCCUCAUCGCGGCCGCUCGGUUCCGCCGUGCUCGACGGCAUCGACUUCGAUAUCGAAUCCGGAGGGUCCGCCCACUAUGAUGACCUCGCCAAUUUCCUCUCGCAGAAGCAGGUAAUAUUGACCGCCGCCCCUCAGUGCGUGUACCCUGACGCGAACCUCGGGCCGGCGCUCCAGACGGGGCUCUUCAACUACGUCUGGGUGCAGUUUUACAACAAUCCAGGGUGCGAGUACACGUCAGGGAGCACGAGCAACCUGAUCAGCUCGUGGGGGACUUGGACGAGCAGCGUGCAGGCCACCAACAUCUUUAUGGGGCUCCCGGCAUCCUCUGACGCUGCCGGGAGCGGCUACAUUCCCCCCGACGUGUUGACGUCGCAGGUUUUGCCGGCGAUCAAGGGCUCUGCCAAGUACGGCGGGAUCAUGCUGUGGAACCGCUACUACGACGUUCAAAAUGGAUACAGUGCUGCAGUCCAUGGCAGCGUGUGAUUUGUUAGUUAGAGUUUCAGAGUUUAUGAUAAUAAUACUAAUAAUAAUAAUAAUAAUAACGAUUUGAAUAAGGAGUGGGCAUAUGGCCCAUCUGUGGGAUUUCAGAUGUUAUGAUUCCUCUGCAUUUUGGUUAUUCUUGGAAUAAUUGAAGUGUGGAGCGGAAAAUAAAGGAAAGAAUAUGACUGGUGCUUUGCAUUUUCCCUAUUA